CUGCCGUUCGUGGAGGAUACGGCGGUAUCGCCGGAGAAGCUGCCGCAGUUCGUGAAGCGGUUCGACGAGAUUGUGCGGGCGCACGGCACCGAGGCAGGGUACUACGGGCAUGCGAGCGUGGGCUGCCUGCAUAUUAGGCCGCUGAUUAAUCUGAAGGAGAGCGAAGGCGUCUCCAAGAUGGUGUCCAUAUCAGACGAGAUAAGCGACCUCGUCCUGGAGUACGGCGGGUCGUUGAGCGGCGAGCACGGGGACGGGCUUGUUCGCAGUCCGUACAACGAGAAGAUGUUCGGCAGCCAGAUAUAUGACGCCUUCCGGGAUGUGAAGCGGGCGUUCGAUCCGGACGGCAUUAUGAAUCCGGGCAAGAUCGUGGAUUCGCCGCCGAUGACUAACAGCCUGCGAAUCAGCCCGCAGUACAAACCGAUAGAGAUCGAGACGGCCUUCGCGUACAAGGAAGAGGGCAGCUUCGCGCACGCGAUAGAGAUGUGCAACGGUCAGGGCGCGUGCCGCAAGGUGCUGGGUGGGACGAUGUGCCCGUCGUACAUGGUGACGCGCGAUGAGGAGCAUUCGACGCGAGGGCGGGCGAAUGCGCUGCGAGGGGCGAUGUCUGGGGCGCUGCCGCACGAGUCGCUGACAAGCGAGCGGAUGAUGGCGGUGAUGGACCUGUGCCUCGAAUGCAAGGGGUGCAAGGCGGAGUGCCCGUCGAAUGUGGAUAUGGCCAAGCUGAAGUAUGAGUUUAUGGACAAGUACAAGAAGAAGAACGGGUACUCGCUGCGGGACAGGCUGAUGGGCGAUGUGGCGUUCUUCAACAAGCUGGCGUCGCCGCUGGCGCCGCUGACGAACCUGCCGCUGAAAUCCGCAAUCGGCAAGGAGAUUCUGGAGCGGUACGCGGGCAUCGACAAGCGGCGGGAGCUGCCGAUGCUGGCGAGCCAGACUUUCAGGCAGUGGUUCAGGGCGUCGGGCGGUUCACCUGCAUCGGACGCUAAGCACGGCACGGUAGUGCUGUUCCCUGAUACUUUCACGAACUACAACCAUCCGAGCUGGGGAUUGCGGCGGUGA